AUGACGUUUACCCAUGGGGAGCUGCAGGUGGUGGAGCAGGUGGUCACCACACAUCCAGGGUGCUGGGGCUUCACCACGGGAUGGCAAAGCACUGGACAGUGUUUGUCCUGGCUAGCACUGGGCAUUCUGUGUUGCCUUAAGCGGGCACGGGCUGGGGGCCACUCCCUGGGCUGGAAGAAGUGGGGGAUGGAUGGGGGACCUCCCACAGAGUUUCCAGGCCACAGGGUGGGGGUUGUGCUGGGGGACCCAGGGAGCUCCCCGAGAACCAUCACUGUGGCCCCUAAUUCUUUCUCUACAACCCGCUUGCACGUCACAGCCCAGUUGCUGGCACAGAACUUAGAAGUUUUGUCUGUAAAUGGGGUGGUCUGGAAGGGUCCUGAGAGGUUGCACGUGGCUGCCCUGGGCAGCCGGCCAAAGCCACUCAAGGUGACCAGCAUCCAGGGCAUGCUGACUGCUAUCUGCCAGUUAGUGGGAGUCACGGGGGCAGCAGAAAACAGCACCUGUGCCAAGUUCUCCAAUGAUUCCUUUGAGGAGAGCCGAGUGUUCCUGGUGGUGGUGUACAGCGCCGUGUGUGCACUGGGCCUCCCAGCCAACCUCCUGACGGCGUGGCUGACGCUGCUGCAGGUGCUUCAGGGCAACGUGCUGGCCAUAUACCUCUUCUGCUUAGCGUUCUGUGAGCUGCUCUAUAUCAGCACCCUACCACUCUGGGUCACCUACAUCCAGAACCAGCACCGCUGGACGCUGGGCCUCCAGGCCUGCAAGGUGACAGCCUACAUCUUCUUCUGCAACAUCUACGUCAGCAUCCUCUUCCUGUGUUGCAUCUCCUGUGACCGAUUCGUGGCAGUGGUGUACGCUCUAGAGAGCCGAGGCCGCCGUCACCAGAAGACCGCCAUCUUCAUCUCUGUAUGUGUCUUCCUCCUCGUGGGGGUGAUCCACGUCCCAUUAUUUUACAUGACAGAGCAAGCCACCUGCUACGAGGCACCGAUGGACAGCGUGAUCGCUAGGUACCACUACUCUAGGUUUGCCUUUGGGUUCGCCAUCCCUUUCUUCAUCAUCGGCUUCACCAACCACCAAAUCAUCAGAAGCACCAGGCUGAGCAGAGGCUUGAGUGCUGCCCAAAAGGCCAAGGUGAAGCACUUUGCAGUGGCCAUCGUCCUCAUUUUCCUGGUCUGCUUUGCUCCCUACCACCUGGUGCUCCUCAUCAAAGCCAUCGCCUUCUCCUACUACAGUGAAGACCAGGCCACCAUGUGUGCCUUCGAGGCCCGUCUGUACACAGUGUCGGUGGUGUUCCUGUGCUUGUCAACAGUCAACAGCGUGGCUGACCCAAUCAUCUACGUGCUGGCCACUGACCAUUCCAGGCAGAAAAUAUCCCGAAUGCACAAGGAGUGGACAGUGCGGGCCACAAAGACAGACCUCACCAAGCUCACGAGUUACAAGGACUCAGAAGAGAUCAAGUCUCCCACAGCGCUCUUGGGCUGA